CGGCCCGUCGGGGCGGAGCCUGCGCGGCGCCGGGAGCUGCCCUCUCCCCGGUGACGCGGGCUGGGGAACAUGGAGUCGGGCAAGAUGGCGCCUCCCAAGAACGCUCCGAGAGAUGCGUUGGUGAUGGCACAGAUCUUGAAGGAUAUGGGAAUUACAGAGUACGAACCAAGAGUUAUAAAUCAAAUGUUGGAAUUUGCUUUCCGAUAUGUGACUACAAUUCUGGAUGAUGCAAAAAUGUAUUCCAGCCAUGCUAAGAAACCCAAUGUUGAUGCAGAUGAUGUGAGACUGGCAAUCCAGUGCCGUGCAGAUCAAUCUUUUACCUCUCCUCCCCCAAGAGAUUUUUUAUUGGAUAUUGCAAGGCAGAAGAAUCAAACCCCUUUACCACUGAUCAAGCCAUAUGCAGGACCCAGACUGCCGCCUGACAGAUACUGCUUAACUGCUCCUAACUAUAGGCUGAAAUCCUUAAUUAAAAAGGGGCCUAAUCAAGGAAGACUAGUUCCACGGUUAAAUGUUGGCACUAGUAGCAGGCCUACCACUCCUACUGUAGCAACCCCACAAACAAUGUCUGUCCCAAAUAAAGUUGCAACUCCAGUAUCAGUGACAAGCCAGAGAUUUGCAGUGCAGAUUCCAACUUCUCAGUCCACACCCAUCAAACCAGUUCCUACAACAACGGCAGUUCAAAAUGUUCUGAUCAAUCCUUCAAUGAUUGGGCAAAAAAAUGUUCUUAUUACCACCAACAUGGUUUCAUCACAGAAUUCAGCCAAUGAAUCAAAGACAUUGAAGAGAAAACAUGAAGAUGAUGACAAUGAUACUAUGUAAGGAAUAGUCAAGAUGCAUUUCAAAUGUGUAGUUGAUUUUGAGCCCUGUAUACUAAAUGAGAACAUUCUAGAUCUUUUCAAGUGUUAUCUUAGGAAUCGUAAAUAUAGCUGCAAUAGUUAGAACUGUUAAGAUUUAAAAGUGAGCACCAGUUUUUUUCAUUAGGCUAAAGUACAAAGUUUCAUUAAUGUUGAGACCUACUGUGGCAGUUCUAUUUUUGGAAGCAGUUUUCUCCCAGAAUCAUUGACAACAGCACUAAAGUUUCAGUUUUUGCAGUCUUACUAGCCUUACCUUACAAUUUCUAACAUAUAUUCAACGGCUACUUCCUUUCUGUAAGGUAAGACAGUCACCAACUUUUCUGAACAGAUCUAAAUGUAGGGUAAUAAUUUGGAGAAUGUAUUUAGAGAGAUUCUAAAUCCAUUUGAAUGUAUCUGUUUCUUGGUGUUUGCUAUUUCACAACCCCUCAAAUGUGUCUGGAUCCUCCAUUCAUUCAUUUUCUGCACCCUCUGCUCUUAAAAGAUUUUCUUCAUAUGGCAAUUUAAUUUAAAAGUCCAAAAAUAGAAUAUUAAAUAAUUCCUGAUAAUAAAGCUCCAUGCCAUUUUCAGGCUUUUCUAUAAACCUGCUCUUUAAAUGCUUUGAUGUAUGAUGUUCACUUAAACCCAAAGGGUUUGAAUUUAUUUUUUUGUCUCUAUACCAGAGCUGUUGUGUUUUGUCCUUUUACAUUUAAUGCCAUACUAUGCUUAGGACAGGUAGUUUUUAGUAGUUUACAUUCAAUUUCACCCUCGUAUUUUAAGUUGAUAAUUCCACUGUAUUUCACAAUUCUAAAUUUAACUUAGAUGCUAUCACUUAAAAUCUGCCUUAAUAAGUUAUUUACACUGGGAUUAGGCAAAAAUCACUGAAAACAAUUUUUUUCUUUUUACCAUAUGCAAAUAUGCUUUGAUCACUACUGCCUGAAUACUCCUAAUGGUAUAAUUCAGAUAAUUUUUUUUUGCUUUUUGGGUCACACCUGGUGAUGCACAGGAGUUACUCCUGGCGGUGCUCAGGGGACCAUAUGGGAUGCUGGAAAUCGAACCCGGGUCAGCCGCGUGCAAGGCAAACGCCCUACCCGCUGUGCUAUCUCUCCAGUCCCAUUCAGAUCAUUUUUAUGGUUUGUUGCUGAGGAUGUCAUACAUGAGAUGAGACCUAAAAAGUUUUUCUUCCUGAGAAAACCAAUAAGGAAAUCAGAUGAGUGUGAAGUGACUUGUACUUAUGUGUACUUCAUUUCCCGUAAGAUGGUAUGUUUCUAAUCACCUUUUCCUAUGUGCCAUUUAAAUCUACCUGAACAUCUUAUUGGGAAAUGCUGUACAGUUUAAAAAUAUAAAGACUUAACAUUAUUUCUAAGUUUGACAUAAUUAACAUAAAUUACUUUGCAGAAUUUUCCAAAAUGUAUUUUCAUAACAUAAUUUAGAGUAUGUAUAAGGGAUCCUCAAAUUUUAAAACUUAAAUUGCAUCUCGGAUGGUACUUGAUACAUCAAAGAUAAGUAGCCCAGUAACAGGAAGAUACAUCUCGUCACAGUAGGUAUACUCAUCACAGUAGGGGAUGAUAAAAGAGGUGGUAUCAAACUUGUAACAAAAGAACUGAUCAUCAUAGGAAAGACUCAUUAUAUAGCAUAGGAAAUCAUUACUUGAAUGUUCUCAGGGAGGCAGCAUGUCAGAAAGCCUAGGUUCUAGUUUUGGCUCCGUGAUUUUUCAUUUAUGACCUUACUUCACCUAAGCCUUGUUCUACUCACUGGUAGGAAAAUAACACCAGCCUUGCCUACCUCACAGGGAUGUUGUGAGGUUUAACUGGUAUAUGUGAAAGUUCGUAUUUGUUCCAAGAUUAUUAAUAAAAAAGUUGAACUUA